CUGAGGAAAUUGAUUCAGGAGAUUGGACAGAAUAUUAUUUGAUUAUUUCACAGUGAGUGGUACAACCGAAAAGACUGGCUAUGUGGAAUGGGAGGCAACAAGCAAAACAACGUUAGCAGUUUGCUAGCUGGGUUGGAUAUGUCAAACCGUGAGAAUAUUAUUGCGAGAAGCCCUGUAAUCAAGACAGCAUUUCAAGAUAUUGUAAACUGCCGGGGCCUUGCCAUAGACUGGCUGUCAAGGAACAUGUACUGGCUGAGCUCGGAGAACGAUGAGACACAGAUCAAUGCAGCUCGUCUGGACGGCUCGUUAAAAGCCACCGUAGUCCAUGGCAUCGACAAGCCGCGCUGCCUUGCAGUGCACCCCACUAAAGGUAAGAUCUACUGGACGGAUGGCAGUACCAUCAACAUGGCCAACAUGGAUGGCAGCAAUAGGAAGGUGCUGCAUCAGAACCAGAGAGACCCGGUUGUGACUUAA